CCUUAAAAGCUUAUUCAGCCAAUCAGAAUCUCCCAGGUUGUUCACCACUGCUGAGCAGAAAGCUUUCUUCUUCUAGCUCUCCUCUCCUGCAAUUCAGUCACUGUCGACUGGAUCUCUGACUGCAGAUCGGAUUGCUGCACAGAAUAAAUAUAUACACCAGCUGCGUCUUGCCCGACAACUAUAGUACUAGAUGGCUCAGUCUGCAAACCACCUCCGCGUUGCCGUUGGUUCUUGGCCUCCCUGGUGUGAGCUCGCCUUCGGAGCCAAUGGCUCCGUGGAGGCCACGGGAAUCGCCGUCGAAAUAUUCAAGAUCGUCGUUCAGAAGAUGAAUUACACGUAUACCUACGUCACGGCCGGAAAUGACGAAUGGGGCCGGCUGUUGCAAAACGGCACUUGGACCGGACUCAUCGGGAUGAACGUGUAUGGGAAAUCGGACAUGGCUCUGGGACCCUUCGUGGUGUCGUGGGUACGAAGUCUGGCCGUAGACUACUCUAGCAUCCUCUACUUCGACCACAACGGGAUAUUCCUGCCUAGACCGAGGCAGGAGAAGGACCUCGCAAACUUCACCAGGCCUUUGUCUGCCGAGACUUGGCUUGCCCUAGCAGUGGUCUUGGGACUAAGCGCCAUCUUAGGCCUAGUGAUGAACCACCUCCUCUCACCACCAACGCGAUACUGCUCUGGGGAACUACAGAGUCUGCUGCCCAAAUACGAAUCUGGCUUUAACCCUGUCUGGAUCAUCGCUCAGUUACUCAAUGAACCUUACCCAGUAAUUCCACCGACUCAUACAGGACGCGUUUUCAUGGUCACCUGGCUCAUUGCUGCCUUCAUCAUAGACGCAGCCUAUGUAGGGGUCUUGACAUCCAUUUUAGCUGUACCCAGGGUGACUAUUCCAGUGGAUUCCUUGGAGGACUUAGUAUCCUACGGAAAGAUCCCUUGGGCAAUAGAGGAAGGAACAUCUCUUCAUCAGUUGCUGCAGCAAGCCACGGAAGGGUUAUACAAAGAUGUCUACGACAAGAAAAGCUACAUGGUUUACGGGUGUUACGAAGCAAGAGACCGGGUCAAGUCAGAGCGCAUGGCUGUUCUUUGUGACAUGCUCACCAUGCGGAAGGCAAUAAACGACGACUUCUCAACGACGGGACAAUGCAACUUCCACAUCGCCCGGAGGCCUAUAUUCGCUCUGUCCAUUGCCUACGCGUUUCCGAAGAAGAGUAAGCUCACGGAGGAAUUUAAUAAAUGGUUGAUUCCUCUGAGUGAAUCAGGCCUGGUAAUAAGGAGAGUCCUCGACUCCACGUCCAAUGCCACAAGCUGUAUGCGCACUUUGGGGAAAAGUGGUCCUGCCAGCCCCAUACUGGCUUUUAUGGAUCUAGCUGGUGUUUUUGCACUGUGGAUUGGAGGACUCUUCCUUAGUACCAUCUUCCUGGCUGCUGAGCUUGUCUUCUACCACACGAAGCUUUCGGACUACAUAUGAUUCUUCCAGAACAAUUCGCGUAUAUUAUGGACUGAUAUCUCACCCCGACGAAUGCUUCGUUUUAGAUAUUUUGAUAAACAAAGUUAGGUUUUCGAUACACUACACAUACGCAAUACGUUUAAGUAAGACACAUUAUACCCAUGCGGAUAAAUGAAUAAAAAGUACAUAUGGGAUAUGAAUGUACCGGUACCUUAAACACGGUACAGUCUGCAUACACAUAUGCAAAGUAAACAUGUAUAUUAAUGUUCUUUUAAUUCUCUCUCGUGUACAUAUAUAAAAAUGCAUGAAUAGGACAGGAGUGUACUGUACGCAUAUCGGUCUAUUCCCACUCCAUACCCACCAGUGCAUAUUGCCUAAUUUAUCAGAGAAAAUAUGUAUA